AUGGGUAAAAAAACUCAAUCCAUUGAACAGAAACGUUCUUCAUCAUUACCCGGUAUUGUAUUUUGUACCUUAGUAAUCGCUCUUGCAAGUGUUGUAUUACAAACACGUAAUUCACCACCAUUAAAUGAAUAUCUUUCAAAAGAAAUAUCACCAACAAAACCAUAUGAAACAUUUGAAGAAUUCUAUCCACAUUAUCUUGAUGAACACAGUCAACAAACAACUCGACAAUGGCAUUAUGUUGCUGGCGGUUUAACUGCUUAUUCAUCAAUACCAUUCUUUCGUCAUUUAUCAAAUGGUUUACCCGAAAUGGGUUUAUUUAUGAUGGUUUAUAUUAUUGGUGGUAAACUAAUAACACGUUCAUUUAAAAAAACUUUCAUACCACUUCUAUUGGGAUAUAGUUUUGCUUGGAUUGGUCAUUUCUUUUUCGAACAUAAUAAACCAGCAACAUUUAUUUAUCCAAGUUUUAGUUUAAUGGGUGACUUUCAUAUGGUUUAUGAUGCUAUUAGAUCACUGGCAUGA